AUGAAGAAGCUUUUCAGCUUUUGGCGUAGGAAGGAUGAAUCCCGCAGCUCCUCCUCACACGUGCAGAUAGGCCUGGCCCGUACUGGCUACCGCUCUCGCCCCUAAUUCCAACCAGGCUACAACCUUCGAGAGAGGGAUUUAAAAAAACUGCAUAAAGCUGCCUCAGUCGGGGAUUUGGAGAAGGUGCAGGAGUGUCUUCAGCUCAAGAAACAUGAUGUGAACAUGCUGGAUAAAGAGUACAGGACACCUUUUCAUCUGGUCUAUGCUAAUAGAUAUACAAAUAUUGUGUCUCUCUUAAUUGAGAAACAAUGCAAAAUAAAUGUCCAGGAUAGAGAAAACAGAUCUCCAUUGAUUAAGGCAAUAUAGUGUCAAAAGGAGAAUUGUACUACUCUUCUUCUCAACCUUGGUGCAGACCCUAAUCUUGUAGAUUUUGAAUCCAGUAGUGCUCUUCAUUAUGCUGUGUGUGGUCACAGUGUUUCAUUAGUAGAAAAACUGCUUGAACACAAAGCUAGUCUUGAAGCUCAAAAUAAGGCUGGAUAUACUUCAUUUGCUGUUUCUGAAGAUAAUGCAGAAAUGGUAGAGUUUCUUCUGAAGAAAGGCGCAGAUGUGAAUGCUUCAGAUAACUCUCAAAGAACACCCCUUAUGAUUGCUCUCAGUAAUGAACCAACAAGUUUAGUCAGUUUUAUUCUUCAGCAAGAUGUGGACCUAUCCUGCCAAGAUAUUUAUGGAUUCACAGCUGAGGAAUAUGCUUCUUUUAAUGGUUUUACGGUCCUGGGACGGUGCACUCCCAACUCCAAAAUCAGUCGCUGCCUCCUGGGGACUCCCCGUCCUGCCUACCGCGUUGCCGCGCCGCCUCCACGAACUGGCUGGGCUCCCCCCCGGGUCAGCUCAGGCGAGCGGAGCAGCUCCCCGCACCUGCGCUGA